AGAGCCCGGGGGGCCCAAUGAGGGAACUGGGGGGACUGGGCGAAGGCAUUCAAGAGAGAGCCUGUUAUCUCCUUUGCUCACUCUUUUUUUUUUUCUCGCGGUGUUUGAGGGGACGACUCCGCCCCUCCCACAUACUCCCCUCCGCCCUCCUGUAUCCUUUCUCCCAUCACAAUCUCCUUCUGUAGGAAUUAAUAUGGAGCCGGCCGGGCCAGCCUGCCAUUUCCAGCACUUGAUUGAACCAUUGAACGACAGUACAGACAAGAAGUUCUACAAUAUUGCUAAACUGGGAGGCGCCAAAUAUGAUACCCUGCCUUAUUCCAUACGGGUACUGUUGGAAGCUGCUAUCCGUAACUGUGAUGGCUUCCUUGUGAAAGAAGAAGAUGCUAUGAACAUUUUAGACUGGAAAGCGAAACAGAGCAGUGUUGAAGUGCCCUUCUGUCCUGCCAGAGUCCUCCUCCAAGACUUUACUGGAAUUCCUGCAAUAGUGGAUUUUGCCGCUAUGAGGGAAGCAGUGAAAAAUCUUGGAGGAGAUCCUACAAAAGUCCAUCCUGUCUGCCCAACAGAUCUCACUGUGGACCAUUCUUUGCAGAUUGACUUCAGUAAAUGUGCAAUACAGAAUACUCCCAAUCCUGGAGGUGGUGAUCCACAAAGGCCACCACCAAAAUGUUCUCCACUUAGAGCUCCUCGGAAGCUGCCAUGCAGAGGCCAGUCCAGCUGCAAAGGGCCAUGUGAUGGAGAGUCAAGCCGUAACUCUGGGCAGAUUGAGAACACACCUCUGCUGUGCCCUUUUCAUCUUCAACCAGUGCCUGAGCCGGAAACAGUGUUAAAAAACCAGGAGAUGGAAUUUGGUAGAAACAGAGAGAGGCUUCAGUUUUUCAAGUGGGGUUCCAAAGUUUUUAGCAAUGUCUCAGUAAUUCCUCCUGGAACCGGAAUGGCACACCAAAUGAACCUGGAGUACUUGUCCAGAGUAGUAUUUGACGGUAAAGGCUUCUUUUAUCCAGACAGUGUUGUUGGCACUGAUUCUCAUACAACAAUGGUGAACGGCUUGGGAAUCUUGGGAUGGGGUGUGGGCGGAAUUGAAACAGAAGCUGUCAUGCUAGGAUUGCCAGUCACCCUCACCCUGCCUGAAGUGGUUGGUUGUCAGCUGACGGGCUCAGCCAGCCCGCUUGCCACAUCAAUAGAUGUGGUCCUGAGCGUUACAAAGCAACUAAGACAAGCAGGCGUGUCUGGAAAAUUUGUGGAGUUCUUUGGGCCUGGAGUUUCCCAGCUCUCCAUAGGUGACCGAACCACAAUAGCAAAUAUGUGUCCAGAGUAUGGUGCUAUCCUGAGCUUUUUCCCUAUAGAUAAUGUGACAUUAAAGCACUUAAAACACACAGGCUUUGAUGAGGCUAAGCUUAAAUCGAUGGAAGCUUAUCUUAAAACUGUGAAACUUCUUAGAAAUUAUGAGCUUUCCACAGGAGAACCUGAAUAUUCCCAGAUUAUAUGCAUAAACCUGGAUUCUAUAAUGCCAUAUGUAAGUGGUCCCAAAAGGGCACAGGACAGAGUGGCUGUUACAAACAUGAAAAGCGAUUUCCAGGCCUGCUUAAAUGAAAAGGUUGGCUUUAAAGGCUUUCAGAUUCCAGCUGAAAAGCAAAAUGAUGUUGUUCCUGUUGAGUAUGAAGGAAAUGAGUAUAAGCUGGCUCACGGAUCAGUCGUCAUUGCAGCAGUAAUCAGCUGUACAAACAACUGCAAUCCCUCUGUAAUGCUAGGAGCAGGUUUGUUGGCCAAAAAAGCCAUUGAAGCUGGUCUGACUGUUAAGCCUUACAUAAGAACUAGCUUAUCACCUGGCAGUGGAAUGGUCACGCACUAUCUCAGUUCCAGUGGUGUAUUACCAUACCUCAAUAAACUUGGAUUUGAGGUCAUUGGCUAUGGAUGUUCAACAUGCGUUGGGAAUACUGCUCCCUUGCCAGAAGCCAUUCAGAAUGCAAUUAUGCAGGGUGACUUGGUUGCUUGUGGAGUUUUGUCUGGAAACAAAAACUUUGAAGGCCGUCUCUGCAGCUGCAUCCGUGCCAACUACCUUGCUUCUCCACCUCUAGUUGUGGCUUACGCUAUAGCGGGAACUGUGAAUAUUGAUUUCCAGACCGAACCAUUAGGGAUCAAUCCUGAUGGCAAAAGAAUAUUCUUGCAUGAUAUUUGGCCCACUCGUGAAGAACUUCAGCAGGUGGAAGAAGAGUUUGUAAUAUCAUCCAUGUUCAAAGAGUUGAAGGAAAAAAUGGAGAAAGGAAAUAAGCAAUGGAAUUCUCUGGAAGCACCUGAUUCAGUUUUAUUUACAUGGGAUUGGAAGUCUACUUACAUCCAAUGUCCUUCAUUUUUUGAUAAACUUGCCAAAGACCCACUUCCACCUCAAUCUAUUGAAAAUGCACAUGUCUUGUUGUAUUUGGGAGAUUCUGCCACAACAGAUCACAUCUCGCCUGCAGGAAGCAUUGCGAGGGGCAGUGCUGCAGCCAGAUACUUAACAAACAAGGGCCUUACACCCCGUGAAUUCAAUUCCUAUGGCGCUCGCCGGGGUAAUGAUGCAGUGAUGACACGAGGCACCUUUGCAAACAUCAAGCUUUUGAAUAAAUUCAUUGGGAAACCAGCUCCUAAAACAGUUCACUUUCCAACAGGACAGACGCUAGAUGUAUUUGAUGCAGCUGAAUUGUAUCGCAAAGAGAACAUCCCUCUGAUCAUCUUAGCAGGCAAGAAGUAUGGCCUGGGGAGCUCAAGAGACUGGGCUGCAAAAGGACCUUUUUUACUGGGUGUGAAAGCAAUUAUUGCUGAAAGCUAUGAGAAGAUCCACAAAAGUCAUUUGAUUGGAAUGGGCAUUGCUCCACUUCAGUUCCUCCCUGAGGAAAACCCAAACGUUUUGGGCCUGACAGGCAAAGAACAAUUUUCAAUCUCAUUUCCUCAAGAGUUAUCCCCUGGAAUCACCCUAGAUGUAAAGACAAAUACAGGGAAAGUAUUUCAGGUGGUCGCCUCAUUUGACAAUGAUGUGGAAAUAACAUUAUACAAACAUGGUGGUGUUCUGAACUACAUGGUUCGAAGGCUCUUGUAGAGCCCUGCUCACACAUUUUGCGGACUGUGCAUAAAUGGGCUAACCCCGUGAUGGCUUGCACAGACCUCACUCUGUUGAUGGAACUGCAUACAGUUCUGCCACGCUCGGAAACUUCGUCCAUGGAUGUAAAAGAUUGUGAAUUAUUGUAGUGACUGCAGCAAGAUCCUUCUGGAUUUUAAAAUACUCAAAUGGUGCUAUUUACAUUGCUAAAAAAAAUUGCUGUGUGUGUUGUGAAAGAGAGCUGUAAGUAUGGGGGAGGGAGGGAGUUAGACCAUUUUGUAAAUAAAAUGACGUGAAACCUGAAACUGAAUUGUGCUGAAGAUUUUAACCAAGAAGACUUUCCGCAGUUAUUUCACCCCCCACCACCCCCAAUUUAGUUUUGGCACCUUUUAACUUUUUAUGGCUUUGUUGGUUUGAGGGCAGCAUGUGGUUUGGAAUGUUAAGGAUGGAUAGUUUUGUUUUAAUUCAGGCAUCCAGGUUUCCUUAUAGUCAAAUGUAAAGAUUACGGUUAGCAUAGAAACCAUAGAUAAGAAACUUGAAGGGAUCCGAUGUAAGAGUAUACAUUCUGUGACCUAGUUCGCAUGACACAGUAAGCUAAACUAUGGCUUAGCAAGACCACACUAGGUCUUGCUAAGCCAUAAUUUGGCUUCCUGCGUCAUGCAAACCAGCCAGAUGUGUGUGAGAAGUGUUGGGGAGGGUUUCCUCUGGAGGACAUGAAGCUGAAAAAUCAAAUGCCACAUUUGGAGAUCCGUAUAUUUGGAGACAGAUAGGGUUGCAGCACCCUGUGCUUUACCCAAAACCAGAUGAGUUUUUGACAAGAGGCUAGUCUGGAUGUUUACUAGGUUAACUUGGCCCCCUGCUGAAGCAGCAGCAUCCCCUCUCCUCCAUUUGCCCUUGGCAGUUAAUAUAUAUCAAUCACUAACCUGUGCUAGCCAUCAUCAAGAAACUGAGCUGCAGCAAUAGGUUUCAACUUGUUUUCUUUUAACUAACCUGUCUGGUUUUCCUCUCUCUGCUUUUAGUACAUAAUGAAAAAUAGCUGGAACUUUUUGGCCUAAAGAAGAUUGUAAAUAACCACUUACAUUGCUGAACCAGCUUUGUGGCCUAGCACUCCCAUUAACCAAACAGGUGAUCCAUUCUUAAAGAUCCCUCCAUUCUAGACCAGACUGCCUAUUGUUAACAGUGCCAUCUCUGUUGCUGCUUUUUGGACAGUGUCAGCAUUGCUGUAGGAAACGUUUUCCUUUAUAUAAUUGGGGAUAUUCUGUGUCUCAGCUGGGAGAAGCAAAGACCUGAUGAGUUUUUCAUGAGUUGUGUCAGACUCUUUUUCACACAUUCCGUACCUUAAAGUGGCUUUAGGUGGCCACAAUGCAGUUAUUUUACAGUAAGAAGUAGCUUGUAAGAGUUACCUAGUCCAUCAGAUAUGCACAGUAAAUUUGGUUUUGCUCUAUGGGAAUUUCUACUGCAGAAAAAUGUUGUUGGUAAUGAAAGUUCAUUUCAAUGUAUUAUAUAAAGAACAAUUUAAUAACAAACAAACCCUUAUGCAAUAGAAUAUAUUCCAAGUGUCUAUUACACCACAUAAAAAAUAUCCACUGAGUGACAACCUACUAACUUUCCAAAUUAUGUUGGAGAGAAAACGUUAAAUGACCAGGCAAGUGUGAGUGUGCAAAUGUAUCUAAUCUCAAGGAGUGUGAGAAACCCCUUAGCGCUUGUUUUGUGGGGUUUUAUAGCGAUUUCAAUAUUCUUAAGAAAUGGCCUGGUUCACACAUACCUUACCUAUAAUAAUAUCUAAAUUAACUUUUCCAGCCUAGUGGAAUCUUCUCUGUUAGCAUAAGGGAUCAGUGGACCUAGGGUCCAUAACACUUGUUCCUUGAGGCUUGCAGCUGGUGUGCCUUAGUAGAUGCACCCACAACUUUCUAGAACCAAACUGAAAAAAACAUUUGUGUGGCCCGCCUGAAGGAGCAGACCUAUUUAUAUGCUUGUGACUUGAAUGCAAGCACAGCUCUGUCUUGCAGCUUAUGAGUGAUGCAAGCACCAGCAGCAAACUGACAGUAUUGUGAAGUGAAAUACCACCCUUAAAAGCUUCCAUUGCUGCCCUUUUGCUGAUCAGCCAAAAUGUUUCUUUAAGCAGGCCAAUUUCAUUCUCGUAAGCAUGGCCAUUUUCUUUCUUUGCCAUGAAAUCACGUGCAGGAGAGUAGUAGCCACUUCUCCGAAAGUACAUAGCCUCCCGUUGCUGUCUUGCUGGGUGUGACUGUGAAGGCCUAAGCUGCCUUUAUGAUUUUGGCAUGUGAACAUUUGAGCGCAAAGUGAUUAGCAUGAAUGAAGCUUUUUGAACUUCAAGUUAAAAUACUGCCAAGGGGUAGGUGAAAGCCUCUGCCAUCACUUGGGCUUGUCCUUCCAAACUUGAAAUACUGUGCUUUCAAAGCUCUGGCCUGUGCAUUUCUACUUGGAAGCAUGUCCCCUUGAACUCUGAUUUACUUCAGAGUAAACAUGCCUUGACAUGGACUGUGUGUCUCGAAUCAUUUAGUAGGAUUUGAGCACGGCUCACUCUCUAGAUCACACUCAUGGACAUGUGUGGAUUAAUCCCCCCCCCAAUGUAGGCAGAAGCAAGCUUUCUUUAUAGAAAAGCUUCAAGAGCUGAGCUGAGUUGACGUAACUCCUCUUUUGUUGACAUGUGAAGCUGUUCUCUUUACAGUCCUAUUGGUCUGAGAGAAAUUACCUAUUUGAAUUAUGUCCAUCACUUAGGAGUGGCACAAUAUAUUUUGCUCAGAAAUGCUUCAUAAGUGCUGAUCUGAAGCCCUAAAAGGGCAAAAUCACAGGAACUGACAAUUAUUUUAUCUUCAGGUUCUGUCUUCAAUUUUGAUUCAGAAAACCUUUAUUCCACUGUCAAAUUUGGGGACUGUUUAUAUCCAUUUUACACCUGUGAAAUAAUAAAUGCAUUUUAUUAAUCACACUUAAGCAACUGCAAAUGAAUGUCUGCUCUUUUAAGCCAACCGAACAGUAUAGAAUGGUUUUGAGUUCACUAAUAAGCAUUGUAUAGAAAUCUUACAAGACAAAGUUCAAUUUGCUGACAACUGUGCAUAAAAUGUUAAACUGAUGUAAAUUAUUUUUAAUAAAGAAAAUUGUACCAUG